AGGAGUAUGAACAGCGUUAUAAGCAAGCACUGGAUUCGAUUCCCACCGGCUGGAAAAAGGUCAAAAUGGAAGUAGCAGCAGCCAUGGGAAAAGCCAUUGCAAGCGUCAUAAGCGCUGUUCCCUCGAUGAUAGGUGAUGUCACAUCGGUGUUAAGACCGCGCGGUGGCGUAAAUAGUGCCGGCACAACAGCCAGUGGCGCACAGGCUGGGACUGUCCAAAAAUCGGCUGUGGAAAGGGCUCUAGAAAUGAGCACACUGGGCCAGCAAGCUGGUUUAGUGAACGGGAUCCUGAAUAAGUUAUCAGCAGGACUGAACGGAAACGACACUAACUUCAAAGAUCUCGCAUCCCAGCUCAGCGUCAUCGGAAACUUGAUGCCGCGUUUGGCGGACGACCCGGCAUUUGCUGUUUUCAACAGCCUGUUCAACCGGGUUAAAAAUGUUAUCCAGCGGCUUGUUGACCUCACGUCCGGAGUACAAAGGGAGCAGCUCGAGGCAGCCAAGCCGUCCAUAGCUACCGAAAUUGAUGAGAUCAGAUUGCCGGUCGAACCGCUGAUAAAUUCGAAAAAUCCCAGCGCUGGACCCGCGGCACCAGGCACAGAAGGACAAAUCAGCGGAGCUGACGAGCUGGCUCAAGCAAACUCUUAUCAGCAAUGGAUGAGGUAUCACCAGCAGCGAGCCGAUCAGAACUUCCAGGACCUCAUGAAAAACCAUGACAUUCUAGCGGAGGUAAUGGUUAAAAUGGCCAGGCUCAAUUUGGACCGGAUCGAGUUUGAAGAAAUCCUGGUGAUUAUUCGUCAAAGUCUGGUAAUAUUGGGGCAAAUCCAAACCCAGUGGAGUAAACUGACGCAGUUCUUCGAAGCCAUGGCCGUCCGAACGGAAUUUGCCGUCAACCAGACCAUUAGCCCCUUUCUGCAGACCGUGGAAGACGGUGCACUGCAAGGUCCGCUGACGGAAGAGGAACGGGAAUUCCUUUUGGAAAUGUUGCAGCCGUUGGUGCGAGACAUCCAGAUGACGGCGCAUUUCAUCCAUGCCGUAAGCAAAACCUACGUCCAAGUGUCAUCAACCUACAUAAUGGAUCAGCUGGCCGGCAUGACCGGUCUGUCGGUUCUUCCGGCUGAGCAACGCCAACCAAAAAUGCAGGAGCUGAUUAAUCAAAGCAAGGAAGCCGAGCAGGCGAUUUUCCAAAUGGCUCGCGAGAAACGCCUAGCGUAUACUAAUCAGGCCGGUUUGCUGGCAGAGGGUCAAUGCUAGAACUUCCGACCGCAAGGUUCCUUUUAUCAGUGUUGGAUUUGUGACCUUUAAAAGCUAAUUUUCUAGUCGUUGUCUUUCCGGUCUAAUGAAAACGCUUUUUUGUAUUGUAUUGCGGACCCUGUGUAUCUGUACUACACAGUAUAUAUGAAUUAUGAACACAGUAUGAAUUGUUUGAAAUGAUUACUUACUGUACUUAAAGAUUUUCGUUACGAUUUUUUCUUUCAAAAUUACAUUGAAAAUUUAUCAAUA